UUUCAAUAGAAUAUGAUAAUGAUCUUAUUGGGAUUUAAUUUAGUUGUACAACUUAAUAAUAAAUUGUUUGUUUACGGAAACUAACCAGAAUGUUCUGUAGAUAAACCUAAUAAAUAAUAAUGAACUAAAACUAAUACAUUUAAUAAUAAAGUAAUGGAAACCACAACACUGGGAUGGAUUGGCCUGAUUUUUAUUCUUUUCGUAACGACCUUUGGUCUAUUUUGGUUAUUAACUGCUUUAACAGGUCUCCUGUUGCUAUUGGCAGGGGCCUUAUCAUUUCUUUAUAUCCAGCAGGGUGACAUUAUCAGUUUCUCUAACAGAUGCUCUGGUAAUCCAUUAACAACUGAUUGCACACCAGAAGGAGGUUUACAACAGUUUAUAAAACAACUUGGCAGUCCUAAAAAGAUUCAAAAAUCUGAUAGUAGAGUCACAGGUAGUGAACUAAUAGAUAGUUCACUGCAAGAAAUUCUAGGUUACAUUUUAAGAGAUUACAUCUCAACAUGGUAUAAUGUUAUAUCUAAAGACAAAGAGUUUCCACAAACAACAGUGAGAAAAACAGCACAAACUUUUGCUAUUAAUAUUUCUAAUAAAAUUAAAGAGAUAGAUUGGAUCCCCUACAUAACGACACGAUUGGUGGACGAUGCCGCCACUCAUUUGAAACUAUUUAAGCAAGCUCGAACAAAAAUGAAACUAAUGGAGAAGCCAAAAUCGCCUCGAAAUUCCCCAAUGCGCGAGAAAAAUUCCCCCAAGAAACCUGCUCACAAACGUAAUAAAAGUGAAACUGACAUUACCUGGUACCAUGGAAAAGCAAUGGAAUUAAAAAGGGGAGAUACUGAGAAAGCAGUUGGAAAUUCCAAAUUCUAUUCAGGAGAUAAAAUGGCAACAACACUGGAGGACCACUUUUUUUAUUUAGAAUGUCAGAUGGAGAAUAAUUUAGUUUGUAGAGAUUAUUUAUGUACUGAUACCACAACUGAAAAAGAGUUUUUAUCAGAAGUAAUAGAAGUUUUGUUGUAUAUUUUAUUGCCAGAAGAAGAUUUUGACUGCAAACCCCUUACAUUUGUAUUAAGAGAAAUAUUUGCCAACUGUGUAGUUUUACCAUUGUUUUCAAUGAUGUCUGAUCCUGAUUAUAUUAAUCAAGUGAUUAUUUGGCUGUGUCUACGUGAAGUAUCUUUGCCAAGUGAAAUUUUCCUAACAACUCUGAGACUUACAGAUAACUGUGAUGAACUAAAAUGUACCAAAGAUUUGGUUCUAAAAGAGAUCCAACUUUUGAGAUCACGUGAUUCGGGUGGUGAAAGCGAUUUGUCGAUUAAGCAACAACUCAGCAGCUUGUACUACUUGCAAAAACUAAUAGAAACCAGACUAUCCAAGAUGGAGAAUCUGGAUUCGUCAGAAAGUCACAGUUCAUUGGAUUACAUACAGCUGGAGACUGUAAAAAGAAUCGACCUAAAACUCGACCAAAUAUUAAAAAACAAUGUAGCACUGUCAUACUUUAUAGAUUUCGUUUCUAGUCAGGGAAAACAUGCGGAACUAUUUUUUUAUUUAAAUGUCGAAGCUUGGAAGAUUUGCGUGGAACAACAGCUUAUGGACUUGGCCAAAUCCAAAAGUUCUGCAGAUACUUGUUCAAUCUAUGAAACGAUUCGAUCUACAGCUUCUAGUAUUUUUGAACAGUACUUGAGCGAUAAAGCCGAAGAAAAGAUACAAGUUAAACAAUCUUUAGUACAGAGUCUCUAUUUUAAAAUUAUCAAUUUGAGUGAAACACCAAACAGACAGUGGUUUGACGAAAUUCAAAGAUCCGUGUACGAAAAAAUGAAUAACCACGAGGAUUACCUCACAGCUUUCAAAAGAAGUAAGGCUUAUGUUAAGCUGCUUCAGGAGUUGGAUUUAAUCCAACAGAAUAACGUAGAUGAGGAUAGUGUAAGUCUAAAUAGUAAUGAUGGUCUUGAAGCAACUGAAUCCACAGUGCCCAAAAAAAGUGAUUAUUUAAUGGUGGAAACAAUCCAGAAAGGCGUGAAACACGCGAGAUCAUUUAGUGAUGUGCCUCUAUUUUCCGCCAAAAAUGAAGACUUAAGUUUCCAGUUAACCAGUGAAGAGUCUCAGCUGAAGGCGGCACAGGAUGCAAAGAAAUGUAAAACGGGAAAUUUUUCCCUGCAAGUUAAUAUAAUUGAAACUGGUAUUGUUUGCGAAAAAGGCAAAACUUUCGGGAUUUAUGCUAUAAGCGUAUCUAGACAAUACGAAACGGAUUUUUUAGAAGAGUGGCAUAUUUAUAGAAGAUACAGCGAUUUCCACGACUUGUACACGAAAAUUAAGGAUAAAUAUCCUGAUCUUGGGAAGAUACCAUUCCCUGGUAAAAAAACAUUCCAUAACAUGGAUCGCGCAGUUUUAGAGAAACGAAUGAAAAUGUUGGGCUACUAUAUGCACCAAGUUUGCCAAAGCACGGUUUUAAGUUCUCAUCCAAAAUUGCGAGAUCUUCUGAUGACAUUCCUUGAGCAAGGGGAGUACGACCGAACUGGGGGGCCUAUUUCUGGAGCCAUUGAGACCAUCGUUAAUCCUUUGAAAACGGGCAUGAAAACGAUAAAAAAUAUGCCUGAACAACUCAUCAAUACAAUGGAUGAAGUGGUGGAAAGCAUAAACAAAGUUUUUCAUCCGAAACCGGUUAAUUUGCCGGAAGCCAGCAAAGUUGGAGCUUCUAUUGAAGAGACUGAAAAUAACAUUCCCUUAAGAAUCAUGCUGCUAUUGAUGGAUGAAGUAUUCGACUUAAAGUCGAGAAAUCAGUGGCUGAGAAGACGUAUUGUAACUUUACUCAGACAAAUAGUUAGAACUAUGUUCGGCGAUAUAGUAAAUAGAAGAAUUUUAGAUUAUGUUUCCGUAAUAACCAGUCCCAAGAACGUUGCACAUUAUUUAUCUGUUUUUAAACAAUCAUUUUGGCCAAAUGGAGCUCCAUGUGAGAAAAAACCCCACAGAGAUGAUGAUGUAAAAAUACGUACCAGAGUCGCAGCAAAAGUAGCGUUGUUAUCUUGUUUGUCAGAUGAACUGAAACAUAUAAUAGGGUCUGAGACGACGAGGAGAGGAUUGCUUACAAUUUUUGAACUUUUUCAGAGACCAAUUUUAAAUCGCCGAUUAUUGUAUGUGUUGCUUGAAGGUGUCUUGUGCACCUUGUUUCCUGAAAAGGACAUGGUAAAACUUUUUCAAACUUUACAUUCUAAGUCAAAACGGAUACAGGAUAAUAAAAGUAGGUGAUUUAUAUAGUAAAAAGAUGUUUCAGAUUUAUUCUAUUUUCUUAUCUACAAUUUCAUUGGUCCUAAUUUUAAUUAAAUUAUUAAAUUUUCUCAUAAUCAUAAAUAUGCGAAAAGAUAAGAAACACACGUGUUUUUAAAUGGAUAAAGUCUCAAAAAUUACAGUAUUAUGUAUAUUAACUACUUUAUCUAUAAGAAUUAUUAAAUAUGAAGCAUCUUAUACAUACUUAGUGCCAUUAAUUUAUUUCGUUUUUAUUCCACAAAAAAGAUUUAUAUAUUUAUAUGAAAUAUUUAUUUUCUUACAUGCAUUGUUCCCUGUGCUUACGUUUUAUUAUUUGUUACGCAUUGUUUUAAAUAAAAUAUGUAAAUUCUA